AUGUGUUGCCGUAAUGACCAUGUGAAAGAUCCAACUCCGAUGAAUUGGCCAUUCUCAGGUGAUUUCUUCCUGUUCGGCGGCGAAAAGUGUUUGCCCAUAGCUAAUACGAGGGUAGAGCGUUAUCUGGUUCGUUUGCUCUUACGUACGGACAUUAAAAACGAUCCCCAGUGGGACAUUCUUUGUCACUAUGUACCCGAAUCGUGGUUCGGUGCGGAACUGUCCUGGCCGCCCGGUGAGUAUCUGCUGCCCAUCGGCCGACGUAGUGGAUUGAAAACAAGCAUUAUCCGCACGGUAGAGUACGCGGAAUCUAUUCGCCCGGAUGACCUAGUUGGUCAUCCGUUCAUCGAUUCAGAUAGCAAAGGGCUUCAACCCGGUCGAUACAAAUGCCCGGACACUUUCGAACGAGUCCGGUUGACAUUUGUGAGUAAAACAUUUGAGGAACGCACUCUGCCUGACCCGGUGGAUAAUGCGACGAAAACGUUCAAAGUUAGCGCAGUUACUUCCAUGGAGUUUUGUUUGCAUAAUACGUCCACGGAUAAUCAGACGAAAUCAAAAGAAUGGCCGGCCGGAGACUAUUGUGUGUUCACAAUGAAUACAGAGUGCCCGAUCGGAAUGCGAGCUAAAUCAGAAACUCCGAUGAAGAUACCCCGAUUUGUUUUAAAAUCGGUCUAUGUGGUAGACGAAUUCGGCAAACCGACAGAGAAUCGACACUGGCACGAGGAGGCCCUCAAUCAGGUUGUAUAUUUCAUGCAUUGUUGCCGAGAGGACAAACAACUGUUGCUACGACUCCCUCCAUCCCCGGACGGUUACUAUGUGGGCAGUAGUUCCGGUCUGUGCUCACACAUUCCGGGUACUCUGUUGGAUCGGGAACGUGUGACUAGCUAUCUGACCGCGCCACCCAACACGGAUCAGUUUAUCAAAGUGCAUGACGGUGGAAGUGUGCUUUAUCGAGAACUGGCUCCAACCAUGGAAGGCAUGCAACUCCUGUGCUACUAUCAUCCGAGUAAAGGUAUUGAUUACUCCACAUGGGUCGUUGAGUCGUCAUUUUCAAAUUUGGUCAACCUGACCGAGAAAGAUGUGAACGAAAUGGCAGCUCUGUGUGGCUGUGCGGAAAAUGCAUUCUGUUUUCCCAAAAAACGAGCCGAAUGUAUUUGCAAACCGGGCUAUUUCGGUGACGGCAGACAUCAGUGCCAUGCGAUCACUCCACUGACCGAUGAAUGCGCCGAUUUGUGCGAUAGAAAUGCGGUGUGUGAGGAACAUUUGAACGCCAGUUUCCGUAAACUGAAACAGUUAUUAAGUCACUCAUGCGUCUGUCGGUCUGGCUAUGUUGGAGACGGUUUCACGUGUCAGCCUAGUUGUGCCGUGAAAGAAUGUCCUCCGUUCAGUCGGUGUGUCCACAAUCCUGUUCAAGGUAACACUCAAUGUGAAUGCAUUCCCGGAACAAUUGAAUCAGAUGGACAGUGUCAUCUGGAUUUGUACAAAACCUUGGAACAUGAGAAAGAUCUUCCACAAUUUCUUAUUCAUCAUGAUCAUUGCCUGUCGACCGAAACUCAGAAUGCGCUACAGAAUCUGACACCAAAGAGAUACUUUUAUGUGUUCGUGCCACGUGAAGUUGUGCAAGAUUGUGGCGAAGUCAAAAAACAUGUGGUCGUUCAGAAGAAGCAGUGGACAACUACGGAAUUGAACAAAGCGACUGCUGAAUCUCCGCUCAUAUUGGUGUCGGAAAAUCUCACAGCCAUCGAGGUCUAUGUCGAGGUUAGUCCUUUCUCCCGUGGGUGA